AUCGUUGCUGUCUUCACAAAACAAAAACUACCUCAAACUGUUUUCUUCCCUCUUUCUCCUGUUUCACUGACUCAACCAGAAAGAGUCAAAACUUUACUGAGUUUUUUUCCUCUUCAUCGACCCAAUUCCCUCAAUAAUGAACGAAGAGAUGAGCGGAGAGACACCGAAGAAUAAGCACGUAAGUAAUCCCACAUUGCCGGAAAAGAUCGACUACGUGUUCAAGGUGGUUGUGAUUGGUGACUCUGCUGUCGGAAAAACGCAGCUCCUUUCACGUUUCACACAGGGCAAGUUCUGUUAUGACUCAAAGUCCACCAUAGGCGUCGAGUUUCAGACACGCACGAUCACUCUUCAAGGCAAACUCGUUAAAGCUCAGAUCUGGGAUACCGCCGGUCAAGAAAGAUACAGAGCGGUGACGAGUGCGUAUUACAGAGGCGCGUUAGGUGCUAUGGUGGUUUACGACAUAACCAAACGCGACUCUUUCGACCACGUGGCACGUUGGGUUGAGGACUUACGUGCGCACGCCGACGACUCCGCCGUGAUUAUGCUCGUCGGAAAUAAAGCCGACCUUGCCGACGAUAAACGCGCCGUCCCGACAGAAGACGCCGUUGAGUUCGCUGAGACUCAACGGCUUUUCUUCUCGGAAGUCUCGGCUCUAAGUGGCGGGAACGUCGACGAAGCUUUUUUCCGUCUGCUAGAGGAGAUUUUCAGCCGCGUUGUUGUGGCGAGAAAAGCUCUGGAGUGUGAGAGUGUGUCGUCUACCGCUAAACUUGACGGUUCGAGAAUUGAUGUGAUCUCUGGUUCGGAACUUGAGAUUAGUAAAACGAAUGAACAAGCUUCAUGUUCGUGUUGAAUUUGAGUUUUGAGUGAUGGGCUCGAGUAUGGGCCUGAUAGUGAGACUUUUUUUAAUAUCAUUUUUUACCCAUGUCUUUGUUUAUGGGCUUUUCAUAUCUUCUGUGAAUUGGUGGUACUUAUUCGAUACCGUCUAAAAAUUAUUCAUGUCAUAUUUAAUAUGUUUUUUUCUCC